GAGGCAGCCCGCGGAACCUGCUUCCCUCAGCGCAGCGGAGCCUGGUUCCGGGCUGUCCCCGGAGCGGGCCAUGCCCCCGCGGGAGUUGAGCGAGGCCGAGUCGUCCCCGCUCCGGGCCCCGACCCCUCCCCCGCGGCGGGGGAGCGCGCCCCCGGAGCUGGGCAUCAAGUGCGUGCUGGUGGGCGACGGCGCCGUGGGCAAGAGCAGCCUCAUCGUCAGCUACACCUGCAAUGGGUACCCCGCGCGCUACCGGCCCACGGCGCUGGACACCUUCUCCGUGCAAGUCCUAGUGGAUGGAGCCCCCGUGCGCAUUGAGCUUUGGGACACAGCGGGACAGGAAGAUUUUGACCGUCUUCGCUCCCUCUGCUACACGGAUACUGAUGUCUUCUUGGCCUGCUUCAGCGUGGUGCAGCCCAGCUCCUUCCAAAACAUCACAGAGAAAUGGCUGCCCGAGAUCCGCACUCACAACCCCCAGGCGCCCGUGCUGCUGGUGGGCACCCAGGCCGACCUGAGGGACGAUGUCAAUGUUCUGAUUCAGCUGGACCAGGGGGGUCGGGAGGGCCCCGUGCCCCAACCUCAGGCUCAGGGUCUGGCGGAGAAGAUCCGGGCCUGCUGCUACCUAGAGUGCUCCGCCUUGACGCAGAAGAACUUGAAGGAGGUGUUUGACUCGGCCAUUCUCAGUGCUAUCGAGCACAAAGCCCGGCUGGAGAAGAAGCUGAAUGCCAAAGGUGUGCGCACCCUCUCCCGCUGCCGCUGGAAGAAGUUCUUCUGCUUUGUUUGAACUGCUAUCGCAGGGUAGGGAGCAGUAGGCCACCGGCCACAGACUUCUGGAACCUGGGGCAAGGGGCCUUUGAGGGGGCUACUGGCAGAGCCAGGCCACUCCAUAGGACUCAGUUCCCUUAUGAACACUGUGGGGACUCGGGCCUCUAACUGCCCACACUUACAUGCCAGGGUGAGCCUAGGGCCUGGAGGAAGGAAAGCUCUGACUUGGAUUUCUGUGGUCAAGGCUCUCAGAGAAAUCCCAGCACUUUGGUUUUCAUGGGGUGGUUCUAACAAUGUCAGCCACCUUCACACAGUUUGGGAUCCAAUUCCCAGUUUCUUAUCAUAGGCCCUCACAUCAGCCUGGCUGAAUUAGGACCCCUUGUGGUCUCCACCCCUUCCUUGUCACAGGGGUGAGGAAGAGCCUGGGGAACAGCUGGGAAUCUUGAAGGGCUGGAAGGUGUCCAGCUCUGAUUUGGAGAGAAGUUUGGGAUGGACUAGUAAGACAAAGAUCAGUGAGAGAUUGAGAGGGAGCAGGAAGCAAGGCCCUGGAGCCUUGGGACUGGAGGCAGACUGGGGAGGAGGAGGCGAAACAGAGGGCUAGGCCUGGAAGUACGAAGAGCAAGGAGAAGGAGAGCAGAGAAGUGGGGCAGCAGAGGAGCAAGGCUGACACCUGGGCUGCCCUCAACCCCCAAGGCUAGGGAGGGCGGGGCUGGUCCCUGGGAAGAACUGAGUCUCAGGGCUCCCUAGGCACUGCCCAAACUGGCUGGGCCAGGAGUGGGGCAGGAAGUGAGAGGCAAGGCCCAGCAAGAGGAGGGGGAGGAGCUGCAAACUAGAGCCUGAAGGAGGAGGCUGGGGUCGCCUCUUUCUCCAAGGUCACAGCCUAGAAGAUAGAGCAGUGCAGAGUCUGCAAAUAAAGUCUUAAGUUUCUGAA